UCCGCACAAUUACUGGGUGUUAUUCGGCACUCAAACACGGGUGAGCUCUGUGUUGGAGCUUCUAUUGUACGCGCGUACUGGGACGCGUGAAUUGGAACCGAAUUAAUAAGUUCGCGUGUAAAUAAUUUUCUCUGGACGAUCUCAGUUUUUGAUGUGAGGGACUCAUUCUGCCUUGAGAUCAAAGACCUAAGUUUUUUUCAGGGAAAUAUCCAUAGAGACUGCAAGCUAGUGAGCUAUCCCGGCUUGCAACUACAAAUGUUCAACGACAGCUAGCCAACAACUGGAAUUGGAGGACGCAAGUGUGGCUACACACAAAAGGACUGUGACUAGUUUGAAUACGAAACAAGGAAAACCAUGCCGUCUGUGAUGGAGCGUUCGGGAUCUGGUGUUUUGUCCCGAAGCAGGGCCAAAACAGUCACCAAUGGCAACACCCACCAUUCAGAAGAAGAGAGCAGCGAUGAAGAGCACGCUCAUGACAGCAUGAUCCGAGUUGGUGGAGACUACCAAGCCCAGAUCCCGGAGUUCAAACCAGAUAGCCCUCCGCGAUAUGACGAGAAGGACCAGAGGAGCAUGCUGGUGUGGACUCCCCACACCCUGGUGUCUGAUGCCAUGUUGGACGAGUAUAUCCUGAUGGCGAAGGAAAAGCAUGGCUAUAACAUGGAACAGGCCUUGGGCAUGCUGCUUUGGCACAAGCAUGACGUGGAGAAGUCUCUGGCCGAUCUGGCCAACUUCACCCCCUUUCCAGAGGAAUGGACCAUAGAGGAUAAGGUGCUGUUUGAGCAGGCCUUCAGCUUCCAUGGCAAGAGCUUCCAUCGCAUCCAGCAAAUGUUGCCCGAUAAGCUUAUCUCUAGCUUGGUGAGAUACUACUACUCCUGGAAAAAGACCAGAACUCGGACCAGCGUCAUGGACAGACAGGCUCGCAAACUCGUCAGCAAAAGAGAAAAGGAUGACAGCAAUGAUGAGGUUGAGGAAGGAGACCCUGGAAGCGACAGUGACUUUGAAAUUGAAACAAAGAAAGAGGCAACUAAGCAGAGCUCGGCAGGCGGUGGGGAGUGGACGUCGGGGCGAUCAGGCCCAAUCCGAAAGGAGAACCAGGGCUCUCAGUACCGGCACCAUCCCUUAAGAGCCCGUCGGCGCCCCCCAAAGGGAAUGCACUUGGAACAAGAGGACAUCGUUGGUCUCUCGGCAACCGCAGACACAGGAGCUGUGUCCAAUCGGCAGCUGGACACGCUACUUGUGUCCCUGAAAAGACAGGUCCAGAGCAUCAAACAGGUGAACAGCACCAUGAAGCAGGGUCUUGAUGAAGGCAUCGAUACCAUGAGGCCCACUGAGCCCAACCCGAAGAUCAACUCGCGCUGGACCACGGAGGAGCAGCUGCUGGCUGUGCAAGCAAUCCGCCGCUACGGAAAGGACAUGGCGGCCAUCGCCGAGGUGAUCGGCAACAAGACCGUCGCCCAGGUGAGCUCGUUCUUCAACAGCUACCGGCGGCGCUUCAACCUGGACGAGGUGCUGCGGGAGUGGCAGGCCGAACAGGAAGUACUUCAAGGGAACGCUGGGAACUCGGACGCCAUGAAGGAACUGAAUGGGACCGCAGGAAUGGAGGAGGAAGAGAUGAAGAUGGACACCUCGUCUCCGCAGUCCCAGUCGGGCACGCCCUCGCCGUCCUCGGGCGCGAGCUCCGGCGCCACCAAGACCCCGCCUCCCCUGACCCAGCCGCCCCCGCUGCUGCGGCCCGCGCCGCCCUCCGCGCCCCCCAGCCUGCUGCGCCAGCCGCCGCCCCUGCAGACCCGGCCGCUGCAGAACCGCACGCCGCACAACCACCCGCCGCCGCCGCUCAUCCGGCCCGCCGUGGCCGCCUCCGGCCAGCAGGGCGGCCUGCGGAGCUCGCUGGGCUCAGGCUCAGGCUCGGGCUCGGGCUCGGGCUCGGGCUCGGGCGCCGCCUCGUCCGGUCAGCUGCCUCCCUCUCUGGUGGGGCUGAAGGUGGAGUCACCCCAGACCCACUAA